UGUUAAAGUAGGAUUCUUGUUUUUCUUCAACAGCCAAAAUGUCUACUAAAAUCAAAUCAACAUCAAGUGGAACUCCUAGUAAUUCGACACCAGUAACUCCGCGGAUCAGUAGAGUGAGCAGGGGAAUAGCUAAAUCUGAUGCUGAUUCGCCCUCUUCACUGCAGAAUUUGCAUCGUUCAGUUGAUAAGACUGUUAGAUCUGCUAUAACUUCUAAGCCUUCGGUGGAACGGCGGACCUCUAAGAUCAGUACUCUACCUGAUAAAAAGCCAACGCGGAUCCUGAAGCCAUCAGAACUGCAAUCUGAAUUAAAUGUUGCUCGAGAAGAUCUUAAGAAGGCCAAGGAGAUGUUGGCUUUGGCUGAAAAGGAAAAAGUGCAAGCUCUUGAAGAAGUGAAGGAAGCUCAGAAAUUGUCUGAGGAAGCAAAUGAGAAGCUGAGAGAAGCUUUGGUAGCUCGAAAGCAAGCUGAAGAGAACUCUGAAAUUGAAACGUUUCGUGCUGUUGAGAUGGAACAGGUGGGGAUUGAAGCUGCUCAAAAGAAAGAAGAGGAAUGGCUGAAUGAAGUCGAAGCUGUGAGGAACCAACAUGCUGUGGAUGUGGCUUCUCUCCUCUCUGCUACACAGGAACUUCAACGUGUAAAGCGAGAAUUGGCCAUGGCUUGUGAGGUAAAAAAUAAGGCACUUAGCAAUGCUGAGGAUGCCGCAAAAAUUGCUGAAACUCAUGCACAGAAGGUGGAAAUCCUCUCAGCUGAGUUAGUGAGAUUGAAAUCUUUGCUUGAUUCCAGGAUUUCUUGGAAUGAAACGGAGGUUAAUGAGAAGAAUAAGCUGGUGGAAGACCUGAAACUUGAGAUAGAAACACUGAAAGAAGAACUCGAGAAAGCAAAAAGUUAUGAAGCUCAAUUGGUGGAAAAAGAAGCUAUUGUGAAACAACUUAAUGCCAAUUUGGAGGCUGCUAAGAUGGCUGAAUCUUACGCUCAUAAUGUAUUGGAGGAAUGGAAGAAGAAGGUCGAAGAACUAGAUGCUCAGGCUGAGGAAGCACACCAUUUAGAGAGAUCUGAAUCAGCAACCCUUGAGUCGGUCAUGAAACAACUGGAAGCAAGCAAUGAUCUGGUGCAUGAUGCAGAAUGUGAGAUUGCAUAUCUCAAGGAGAAGGUGCGCAUACUGGAGAUGUCAAUGGCGAGGCAGAAAGGCGAUCUUGAGGAAUCAGAACAUCAUGCUCAAAUGGCUAGGGAAGAGGUGUCUGAGUUGAGAAAGAAGGUGGAUUCUCUUAUGUGUGAUCUUGAAACAGUGAAGGAGGAGAAGAUUCAGGCUUUAGAGAAUGAAAAACUAGCAGCAGCCAGUGUUCAAAUACUGUUAGAAGAAAAAAACGAACUUGUAAAUGAUUUGGAAAGCUCCAGGGAGGAUGAAGAAAAAAGUAAGAAGGCAAUGGAAAGUUUGGCAUCAGCUUUGCAUGAGGUUUCUUCAGAAGCAAGAGAAGCCAAAGAGAGGUUGUUGUCUAACCAAACUGAUCAACAUGAACAUUAUGAAACACAACUUGAAGAUUUGAAGUUGGAAUUGAAAGCAAAAGAGGAAAAGUACGAAAGCAUGCUUGACGAAGCAAAAGAGAAACUUGAUGUUCUUACCAAUUCCAUCGAACAAUCCAAAAACGGGCUAGAGAAAUGGAAGGCUGAGUGGGAGGAAAAGGAGCUUCAUCUGAUGAGUUGCAUGAAUAAAACUGAAGAAGAAAAUUCAUCAAUGGAAAAAGAAAUCAACCGGUUAGUAACUCUGCUCAAAGAUGCCGAGGAUCAAGCUUCUGCCAAAAAAGACGAAGAAACUUAUUUGAAGAAUUCCCUAAGGAAAUCUGAAUCUGAGGUGACUUUUUUAAAAGAGGUCCUUGGUGAAGCAAAAGAUGAAAGCAUGAGAUUGAAAGAACGUUUAGCAGACAAAGAAACUGAAGUGCAGAAUAUUUUUCGCGAAAAUGAGGAGCUUCGAAGUAGAGAAGCUGCAUCAUUAAAGAAAGUUGAGGAGUUGUCAAUGUUGCUUGAAGAAUCAUUAGCCAAAAAUGAACCUGAAGCAAGUGUAGAGCUUUCUGAUAGCGAAAAAAACUACAACAUGCUCCCAAAAGUAGUGAAAUUAUCUGAUCAAAUAGAGAAGCCUAAGAUGGAACUUCCACAAGUCAAAAUCACUCCACAUGAUGAAACUGAUCUUAAGGCCUCUAAAGUUAUCGAUAAUUCAAACGGAAAACUAAAUGAACUUGAGAGCAAAGCAAAGGCAGACGAUGAUUUGGGAAAAGAUGAGCAUAAAAUGUGGGAAAGAGAGGCAGAACAAGAAGAAAAAUCAGAGUUCUCUGAGAAUGGUGGCACAUCUCCUAAUAAGCAGCAAAAUCAGAAGAAGAAAAAACCUUUGUUUCAUAAAUUUGGAAGUCUACUGAAGAAGAAAAACACCAGCAGCCAGAAGUAAUUGAUCAGUUUAUCAACUGUUUUCUUUUUUUUUUGUUUAUAUU